AUGCUGUUCUCUCUGCUCCUCAGUGCCUCACUGGCACAGACACAGGCAUCCCUGCACUCUCAAACUUCGUUCUGCGGAACCCCUGACCGCAGCGACAAGCACAUCGCCAGAUCGCUAGCCAGCAGGGACAUGAGCAGCGGGGGCAGUCUCCUCGCAGCCAACAUUUCCGUUCCGGUCUAUCUCCAUUCAAUCGCCCCCAAUGAAACAGCUCUCUUGACUCAAGCCACCCUCGAAGCGCAAUUUCAAGUCCUACACAACACCUUUAGCAAAUACGGCAUCACAAUGACCCUAGGCGGCACCUCCCGCACCGUAAACGCAACCUGGUCAACAGUUACAAACCCAACCGACGAGCUCGCCAUGAAAUCCGCGCUCCGCAAGGGCAACUACCAAUCCCUCAACAUCUACGUGCAAGCCAUCCACCCGACCCUAGGCCGGUGCUUCUACCCGGAAGCAGACGCCUUCCGCGGAUCAGAGACGUUCAUACUGGACGGGUGCCAGAUCGACGCCAACACGGUCCCCGGCGCGAACUCGCCUACGGGGAAUGAUCGCGGGUACAUGGCGGUCCACGAGGUUGGCCACUGGUUCGGGCUGCCGCAUACCUUCCAGGGAGGGUGUACGGGAACGGAUUUUGUCGAUGACACGCCUGCGCAGGCGACGCCUUCUUGGAAUUGCACGGUUGGGCAGGAUACGUGUCCCGAUUUGCCGGGCGUGGAUUCUCUUUACAACUUUAUGAAUUAUCAAGCAGAGUAA